CACAGGGAAAGAGCAGUAGGAGCUGCGCUCCCAGCGUUCUUGGCGCGCGAGGGACUUCCGGGAGCGGAGCUAAGCGAGGUAUAUUUGGAAUGUCAAACUGUGGCUGCGUCUUCACUGGAAAAAAGUGUGUUCAUACCUCAAGGGAAAAUGCUAGCGAAGACAAGGCAGUUUGUUGUUUUCACACCAGUUAGCAAGUGGAGGUCAUGAUGUCAGAGCUGAGUGAUGAAGCCAGCGAAUCGGAGCUCCUGAACCGCAGCCUGUCCAUGUGGCAUGGGGUAGGCCAGAUGAUGUGUCGAGAAGAGCUGGAUGUUCCACUGGACCUACACACAGCAUCCUCCAUUGGCCAGUAUGAGGUGGUGCAGGAGUGUAUUCAGCGUGGGGAACUGGAUUUAAAUAAGAGAAACUGUGGUGGCUGGACCCCGCUGAUGUACGCUUCAUACAUCGGGCACGAUACCAUCGUGCAUCUGCUGCUGGAGGCGGGAGUGAAUGUGAACGUCCCGACGCCGGAAGGGCAGACCCCACUCAUGCUGGCCUCCAGUUGUGGCAAUGAGAGUGUUGCCUACUUCCUCCUCCAGCAAGGCGCAGAGCUGGAGAUGAAGGACAUUCAUGGCUGGACUGCCCUCUUCCACUGCACCAGUGCUGGACACCAGCAGAUGGUCAAAUUCUUACUGGACAAUGGGGCGAACGCCAACUGCAAGGAGCCUGUGUAUGGAUAUACACCUCUGAUGGAAGCAGCUGCCUCUGGCCAUGAGAUAAUUGUCCAGUAUCUUCUCAAUCAUGGCGUGAAGGUGGAUGUGAGAGAGAACACGGGAGCCACAGCACGGGCUCUGGCCAUGAAGUAUGGACACAUGAAGAUCGUGGGGCUGAUGGACCUACACGCAGCCCCCGUGCCCAAAGUCUUCUGCAGGGGCCCAGGAAAAUACUGUGAAGAUCUGAGCUCCUCAGAUGAAUCGUGCUCUACUCCCCAGAGACAGAGACCAGUCCGUAAGACCAAGGGCCCCAGUAUCCAUGAGGGGCCCCAAGCUUUGGCUAAGAUAACAGCUGUCGGAAUUGCAGGGAAGAAGCAGUCUCGCUGUGAGCAGGUCCCUCCGCAGGGCUACGUUACGUUCAGUGACAAUGGCAGCUUUGAAGGGGAGGAUCUACGGUUCCGGGAUGUCACCUCUCCAAUCAACGAGCAAGACGUGGAAAGUAGCAGCAGCAGGGAAGAGAAUGCUUUCUUCACCAACAACUUGGACACCAUCAGGAGCAGCAGCAGCAGCAGCGAGUGUCUGCCCAAAGCCCUGGGGGUCAGCAGUGAGGGCUCCCUGGAGAGCAAUGAGGACUCUGACCAUGCGGAAAAGCUCUGUAGUCGGAAACAGGCUAAAAGCUACGUAAAGAUCAAGACCCGGUACAGCAACAGUGACAGCCAGUGGUUUCAGAGCCCAGGCAAAGCUGGGAUGUCUAGUCAGCACUGUAUGCUCCCUAACCCAGAGGCCGCCACCUACACAGGACCCCAGGGAUGGAUCUCCCGACUGUGGCAUCUUUUUCUGCUGUUUCAAGACUUGGAGCUGAAGUCUGGCAGAUUCCUGUUGCAUCUGGACCUGGCAACAUUCCUGGAGCAGAUCGGGUGUCUGAAGUACCUCCAGGUGUUUGAGGAGCAGGACAUCGACCUCCGGAUCUUCCUGACCCUCACAGAAAGUGAUCUCAAGGAAAUAGGCAUCACCCUGUUCGGGCCCAAACGGAAGAUGACCUCUGCCAUUGCUCGAUGGCACAGCAAUGCCAGGCCUCCCAGCGAUGCCCUAGAGCUGGCCUAUGCAGAUCGGCUGGAGGCAGAAAUGCAGGAGAUGGCCAUUCAGCUGCACAAGAGGUGCGAGGAAGUGGAAGUGAUGAAGGGCCAAGUGUCCCAGGAGCAGGAGCUGCGGGCGGUGGUCGAGAGCUGCUUGAUGGAGCGGGACGUGGCUUGGAAUGAUGUCCAGAUCCAGCUGCGAGAGGCCCAGGCCGUCACCAGGGACGCUGGGGUCCUGCUAGAGCAAAUGAAAGCCUGUCAGGCGGAGCUAUGUUCCCGGCUGAAGGAAGGGCACCUGGCUGGCAGGAUGCUGGAGACCAAGGCACGGCUGGGAGCUGGUGAGGGCAGAUGGCCCAAGGGAGAAGGUCUAGAAGGAUGGUCAGUUUCCUUGAAGUCCCUGAGCCUGCCUGAGCUGUCAGCUUUCCUGGAGGAGCGUGUCGGAGAUAUAGGGAAUGCCCUGCAUUCUGUGACUCAGAACCUCGCGCAGCUACAGGCCUCGGAGCGAGGCAAGCAGAGCUGGCCAGAGCCCUAAUGGAGCAGGAUGGAAUUCUGACGUCGGGUGAUGGUUCCACCCGGAAGCUGAGUGCCUGGGAGAACGAGCGCAAGGCUGGUCCGCCAGCACGGCUCCUCUGCUGAGAGCGCCAAGGAGGCAGGCGGGUGCCUGGAGAAGGGGGUCAGCCAGCUGGGGAUGGCGGAGGACGAGGAGUCAAGUGGGCAGGCUGCCUCGGCUGGGCUGAUCUCCAGGUUCCUGUCACAGAUGGUUUGCUUUCCCUGUCCAAGGGUUAGAGUGUUAAGAGCUGAAGCAUCAGGGCUAAUUGGCCUCUAGCUGCCCAUGGAAAGACUGCCUCAGUUUCACUUAAUGCUGCCUGAUAUUUUUACAGAGCCAACCCUUGUCUGUAGCAGUCGGAUUCCCUUAUGCCCCUCCCUGCCACAACCCCUCGUAACUCGUUCCCUCCAUUUGGUCUCUGCCCGCAGGCUGACCCAGCAAACGUGUGACACACAGAGCAAAGGACAGCACAGUGGUGGCUGAUAGGGUGAGAUCCAGUGCUUUGGAAAUGGGAGUGUCCUGCAGUUCAGUGGGCUGAGCCUCCCCUUUGAGACAGGAUCAAACAGCCCCAAGCUGCAGCCCUUGUAGGAUCUGGGUGAUUGAACAUAGUGAGCUCUGCAGCUCUAGCCUGUGGAGAGCUCCCCCUCCUGGCAGCCUGCAACAGUUCAGCUGUUACCGGCUUCUGAGGAGGCAGGAGCUAUGGGAUCACUUGAGUGUCCUAACCGUGCUUCUCUGUUUCAUUAUGGGUGCAGACCCCCCAUUGGCGCUGACUUGGCAGCUGGCCCUGAUCCUUCCCCCAGUCCAUGAAUGCCCACAUUAAACCCCCAGGUUAGCACAUUUCAAAGGCCUUGCUUCUGCCGAGCCAGUGUGCUCCCAGAAGCUUCUGCCGCAGGCAGCAGCUCCUGCUGGUGCAGCACUGGCCCAUUAGGACGAGGGAGCCAGGAGCCACAUGAGAGGAGGGCGUGUGCAGCUCUUGCCUGAUGUGAGUUUAUACUAUCCCCAAGCACUUGUGUGUGAGCUACGUGCUCUGUGCUGCAUGCAGGGCUUGGCCCCGCAAUUGGUGCUAUAAAACCCUCCCCCAGGGUAACACCUGACCGUGAGCACCACAGCCCUCCCCUCAGGUCUGCCCCUGUGUGAAGGCAGUCGCAGGAGACCUUAGCACAGGCGUCUAAGACCAGGAGCCUGUUCCGUGGGGGAUCCUCUCCCCUGGGAACCCAUUAGCUGGCUCCCCACCCUCCCUCAGGCCCUGGCUCCUGUUCUUGUGUCCAAGCCUCUCUCCUUCAGACUCGAGCUUGGCACCUCUGCCCCCAUGAAUGGACUUCAUGCCUGCCAUUUCUAGAUUCCUGCCCUGCCUGCAUGGAGGCUGCUUGUCCCCAAGGCAGCGGGCAGGGCUGCCAUCUUCUCCCUGCACUUUGGGGGAGCAGGAAGGGGCCUCCUGUUUUCUCCAUGGGAUGGGCCUUUGAACCUGCUGCAUGGGAAGGGUUGGAAGAAAGCUCGACCCAAGGUGCUCAGGCUGGGCAUGUUUGGAAAUCUUGGCUUCCAUCUCUUGAGGGUUUUGUGAGGCACCCUUUCUCAUGGCAUCCGUGGGCCUCAGGCAGCUGAGUCCUGCUCUCCUCUGGGCCACGGGCAGCCAGGCACUAGGCAUUGUGUUCUCCUUGUGCUUCUCCAACCUCCUUUGCCAUCUCCUCCCACUGGGAGGUCCCCUGCCGGGCUGCUCAUCCCUUCAUUUAGUGGACUGAAGCUUCCUCUCCUUCCUUCCCUCCAAGAACCCAUAAAGUUCAAAAAUGUUUCCAUGCAGUCCUUAGCCCCCGCAUUGGCCCCACAGCAUGAGAACGCUGGGCAUGGGGGUUGGACUCUUAGACACUAGUGCCGUGGGCUCUUGCGGGGCACCCAGGAGGAGGGCGUGUGUGGGUUGAUAGCACAAGAAUGAGAUGGUGAAUGGGGCUCUCCAGGGAAAGGAGUGAAAGAAAGAAAGACACACACACACUCUCUCUCUGUCUCUGUCUCUGUCUCUCUCUUAAAUGCUGCAGGCCUCGGACACUUCCCUCUUACCUGCCAGGUACAUUCAGUGCCAUUAUCUGUAUGUGGAAAUGGGUCGUCUUCAGCCUGUGUUCCUGCUCCAGCCCCCGGGAGCUGGAAAUGAGAGCUCCGGUAACAGGGGCUGCUGCAGGAAGACCGACUGCGGCAUGCAUUGGCCCCUCACAUACACUGCUCUAGCUCAUGGAGAUGUCUUGGCCACUGGCUGCUCUGACCUGGUGCUGCUGCUGCUGCCCCUGGGAGCUCUCAUGGGUAAUGUUCAUAGAAUCAUAGAAUCUCAGGGUUGGAAGGGACCUCAGGAGGUCAUCUAGUCCAACCCCCUGCUCAA